GUUGUGUAAAUUCGUACUAUUUAAAUCCUGACCUAAGGAGUGGAAAGUUAAUAUUAUUAGUAUAUUGAAGACGACAGCUUGUGCAAUGGCAAUAAUCAUGAAAACUUUAGUUCUCUUCGCGCUGUUGGCAGUAGUGCCAGUGAGCCUCGGCGCAGCAUUGCCAUCUAACAUUCCCACAACCGUGGGAGUUGCUGAACCGGGAGAUCAUGAGUUUUUUCGUACCCUAGCCCGUGCGGGACCACGACCAGGUCAUGCGACUACAGUAACAAUAACUCCCAUUAUGAGUUCGAAAUACAUUGCUAACGCUGUAUCGUUCAAGGAGCAAGGCACACCUCAGGGGGCUUAUGUUUCCUCCGUCACUGGCCUUGGGACCAAUUUCAUCAGGUAUUCUGUCACGUCUCAAAGUGGUAAAGGUCUUCAUGUUAUUGCUGAUAUUUGGGGAAGGGAUGUGACGGCUGACAGGAGCUCUGCGCCAGAGAUGGUUGAACAACAUUUCAAAUGCACUAUGACUGUGUCUGAUGGAGUUACUGAAGAAACUCGGGACUGUUAAUAUAUUGUAACUGUUGACUAAAUAAAUUAAUCAUCAACUGCUGUAUAUAA